GGCUUCGUUUUGGCCUCGCGGCUCGUUCUGCCCCGUGCCUCAGAGCUGAAGAGAGCGGGCCCGCGGCGCCGCGCUAGUCCUGAGGGCUGCCAGCCCGGGCAGGCGGCGGCUUCCCAGGCCCGUGGGGCGCACGGCGAUGCGCGCGGGGGGCUGCUCUGGCCGCACGGACCAGCUCAGGACGGCGAGCCCCGUGACAGUAACUUUCUCUUCGUGGGAGUCAUGACCGCCCAGAAAUACCUGCAUACCCGCGCCGUGGCCGCUUACAGAACGUGGUCCAAGACAAUUCCUGGGAAAGUUGAAUUCUUCUCUAGUGAGGGUUCAGACACAUCUAUACCCAUUCCAAUAGUGCCACUACAGGGCGUGGAUGACUCCUACCCACCCCAGAAGAAGUCUUUUAUGAUGCUCAAGUACAUGCAUGACCACUACUUGGACAAGUAUGAAUGGUUUAUGAGAGCAGAUGAUGAUGUUUACAUCAAAGGAGAUCGCCUGGAGAACUUUCUGAGGAGUUUGAAUAGCAGUGAGCCCCUCUUUCUUGGGCAGACAGGACUGGGCACCACAGAAGAAAUGGGAAAACUGGCACUUGAGCCUGGUGAGAACUUCUGCAUGGGGGGGCCUGGUGUCAUCAUGAGCCGGGAAGUGCUCCGGAGAAUGGUGCCACACAUUGGAAAAUGUCUCCGAGAAAUGUAUACCACCCACGAAGAUGUGGAGGUGGGAAGAUGUGUCCGGAGGUUUGCAGGGGUACAGUGUGUUUGGUCUUACGAGAUGCAGCAACUUUUUUAUGAGAAUUAUGAACAAAACAAAAAGGGUUACAUCAGAGAUCUCCAUAACAGUAAAAUUCAUCGAGCCAUCACAUUACAUCCCAACAAAAACCCACCCUACCAAUACAGACUUCAUAGCUAUAUGCUUAGUCGCAAAAUAGCUGAACUUCGUCAUCGCACAAUACAGCUCCACCGAGAAAUUGUCCUGAUGAGCAAGUAUAGUAACACCGAGAUUCACAAAGAAGAUCUCCAGCUGGGAAUUCCUCCUUCUUUUAUGAGGUUUCAGCCCCGCCAGCGGGAGGAGAUUUUGGAAUGGGAGUUUCUUACUGGAAAAUACUUGUAUUCAGCUGUGGAUGGUCAGCCCCCUCGAAGAGGAAUGGACUCUGCACAGAGAGAAGCCUUGGAUGACAUUGUCAUGCAGGUGAUGGAAAUGAUCAACGCCAAUGCCAAGACCAGGGGACGCAUUAUUGACUUCAAGGAGAUACAAUAUGGCUAUCGCCGAGUUAAUCCCAUGUAUGGAGCUGAGUACAUCUUGGACCUGCUGCUUCUGUAUAAGAAACACAAAGGGAAGAAGAUGACGGUCCCGGUGAGGAGGCACGCUUAUUUACAACAGACUUUCAGCAAGAUCCAGUUUGUGGAGCAUGAGGAGCUGGAUGCAAAGGAAUUGGCCAACAAAAUUAACCAAGAAUCUGGAUCUUUAUCCUUUCUCUCAAAUUCCCUGAAGAAACUUGUUCCAUUUCAGCUCCCUGGGACGAAAAACGAGCACAAAGAGCCCAAAGAUAAGAAGAUAAACAUAUUGAUUCCUUUGUCUGGACGCUUUGAUAUGUUUGUGAGAUUCAUGGGAAACUUUGAAAAGACAUGUCUCAUUCCAAAUCAGAAUGUCAGGCUUGUUGUUCUGCUUUUCAAUUCUGACUCCAACCCUGACAAGGCUAAACAAGUUGAACUGAUGAGAGAUUAUCGCAUUAAGUAUCCUAAGGCUGACAUGCAGAUUCUUCCUGUGUCUGGAGAAUUUUCAAGAGCCCUAGCCCUUGAAGUAGGAUCUUCCCAGUUUAAUAACGACUCUUUGCUCUUCUUCUGUGAUGUUGACCUUGUGUUUACUACAGAAUUCCUUCAACGAUGUCGAGCAAACACAGUUCUCGGCCAACAGAUAUACUUUCCAAUCAUCUUUAGCCAGUAUGAUCCAAAGAUUGUUUAUAGUGGGAAAAUUCCCAGUGACAACCAUUUUGCCUUUACUCAGAAAACUGGCUUCUGGAGAAACUAUGGGUUUGGCAUUACUUGUAUUUAUAAGGGUGACCUUGUCCGAGUGGGUGGCUUUGAUGUUUCCAUCCAGGGCUGGGGGCUCGAGGAUGUGGAUCUUUUCAACAAAGUGGUUCAGGCAGGUUUGAAGACAUUUAGAAGCCAAGAAGUAGGAGUAGUUCACGUCCACCAUCCUGUCUUUUGUGAUCCCAAUCUUGAUCCCAAGCAAUACAAAAUGUGCUUGGGGUCCAAGGCCUCGACAUAUGGGUCCACACAGCAAUUGGCUGAAAUGUGGCUAGAAAAAAAUGAUCCAAGUUACAGUAAAAGCAGCAAUAAUAACGGCUCAGUGAGGACAGCUUAGUGCCCAGCUCUGCUGGAAAAAGACGUUUUUAAUUAUCUAAUUUAUUUUUCAGAAAUUUUUUGUAUGACCUGUUUUUGAAGUCCACACAAGGAUAUAUUUUACAAGUGAUUUUCUUACAAAGGACUCCUUUAAGAUUG